AGUGUUGAUAAAACGUUAUGGUUCAGAUACCUGUAAUAUCACUGUAACCUGCCAGCUUUCGGCAUACGCUGCAGGAAAUUCAGCCAGAAGGGUUUUGUCUCAACUGCUCUACCGGACUGUCAGCUUGGGACCAGCAAUGUGAUGGCAUCAAAUAGGGUGUACCCAGCAUACCAGGAUUACGAUACUUUCUCAGAUUCAACAGAUUGGGACUCUAGAAGAUCUGUGGCAUUUCAGAAUGAAAAAGAUUGCAAUUGCUGCUUCCAAAGGAGAUGUUUCUGCAUCACUGGCAUAGUCCUUCUCACCCUGGGAGCCAUCUCAGCCUUUAUCUCUUUAGGAGUCAUCUAUGGAAUUCCAGAAAAUAAAGUGGACGAUGAGGGUGCAGCUACAGGAGCUCGGAGUUGUUGCACUGCUGUUCGGGAUCUUUCUACUUGUACACACGUGAGUGCAAAACGUCAUCCGGCAAAUCCGGCUUCCUCUGUGAUGAUCGAGCCACAUGCAUUGGGGCAUCAGCAUUGUGUGACGGGAAGGUGGAUUGUGGCAAUGGAGAGGAUGAAUCUAGAAGAUACUGUGGCAACUUACCCAAUAGCCUUCCAGAAGGCUUGGUAUACAAGUGUGCAAACAGUCGAUCGUGGACAUACAUGGACAAACUUUGUGACAACAGGAAUGACUGUGGGGACUGUUCAGAUGAAUCAGCCACACGCUGCCCUCUAUGUCCAGGAUGGAGAUGCAACACUGUGCACUUUGCAGACUGUGACUGCAUCUCAAAGAGCCGCUGCCAUGAUAACAUCCAGGACUGCACAGACUGGAGUGAUGAGAUAUCCUGCGAGUGAGACAGCAUACCACAGCAUGAAAUGGAAAUGCUAUAUUAGAAAAGAAGUCUAUGCAGAAACGUUUCUAGAACAGGAAUUCCUACAUCUCUUAUAUGGGUUCACCAUUGGAAAGGAGAUCUCCACUUUCACACAACAAAGCACUAAUUACAACAUAAGAAAGGGGCUUCUGUUUUUGCCCAUAAGAUGGAAGUGUCUCCACUCAAGAUAUUUUUUUACGUUGACCAUCUUUGUAUUUAUAUUAUAUUAGUAAUGGACUAUUUUACACCAUUAUAAGAUCUUGUCUAUUUCAAGUAGUUGCUAGCACCUGUUACGUGGUGCUGCUGCUGUAUCAGUCUCCAUGUAGCUAUGGAAAAUUCCUCUAUUAUUAUUAUUAGCCUUUAUUUAUAUGGUGCCACAAGGGUUCCGCUGCGCCCAAUUACAGAGUACAUAAAUAAUCAAAUCAGGAAAACUGCAACUUACAGUUGACGACAAUAUAGGACAAGUACAGGGUAAAUAAACAUAGCUACAUCAGCAGAAGACACUGAUAUAAGUAUCAGGGUGGCAGAAGACCGUGGGAUUUGGUGCAGUUGAUGAUUAUUAAAGUAAGAAAAAGGAUAAGAACAUGAGGGAAGAGGGCCCUGCUCGUGAGAGCUUACACUCUGAAGGGGAAGGGUAGACAGACAGGGGUGACACAGAUGGGGUACAUAGAGAGCGUGGAACAGAGGAUUAGGAUGAGAUUUGGCUGGGUUUGGUGAAGAAGUGGGUCUUGAGAGCUCUUUAUUUGGAUAAGCAUUACCUGUACAGUUUAUUUCCAUCAACCUCACAGAAGUAUGAUGAAAUACACUACACAAACUAGGAGGCAAUUAGAUCUCCUUUACAUCGAAAGAAAACCAUUAAACGCAAACCUGUACAGUUUAUGUAUUUACAGUAUGUGGUAUAGUGGCCUGUCCCACAGUUACUGUGUUAUAUCUUUAUACAUAGUUUUCACUUUUUUUUUUUAACCUUCUGCCAUUUCUAUUUGUUGGUAUUAUCAGAUCCAUUUUAUUUAUUUGUAUCCUCUAUAUUUAUAAUUAUUUAUAAGGCAGCUGCAGUUAUGAGGUUUACCAGGAAUAUUUGGGCUGUAUAGCGAGGAUAUUUUCUACACUUAUAAAAAGAUACAUUAAAAAUGCUGCAGCUGCCACAAUAAUAAAGGUUACCAAUAGAAA